GACAACAUUUUUUGUGGUGGGGCCACUAUAAAAAAUCACAUGUCAUCAUGUAUAAACAUGCUUAAUGAAAUAACCACAGCUAUUGUGGUGCUAUAAAAUCAUCAAUACAACAACACAUUGAAAACCCAGUUGGAAGGGGGUGUUAGCAUCAGCUUGUUCUCCUGUGCUUUUUUUGGUGAGCACAGAUUGCAAUGGCAGAUAAGGAUGUGGUAGGGGACCAUGAACCACUGCUUUCACAGGAGGGUUUGAGGAGGAGUAGCAUUAGCUUGGCAUUCUUCAAGUUCAUUGGUGCUGUCCUAUUGGCCAGUGCCGCUUGCUACCUCUUCAUAGGCAACUUCAACGCAUGGACACCAGAGACCGAAAACCACUCCUUGCCAUUGGAGGAACAAGAUGGAUUGAAUAUAAGGCCUUUGAGGAAGGAAUCUAGUGUUAGAGAACAGCAGUUAAAGAAAGAAGUAUGUGAUCUGUCUGUUGGGGAGUGGGUACCAAACCCUGAAGGACCAGCGUACACAGAUAAAACCUGUGAUGGGAUACCAGGGUAUAAUAACUGCCUGAAGAAUGGGAGGCCUGAUAGAGGUUAUCUGUACUGGAGAUGGAAACCAAGAUUCUGUGACCUGCCUCCCUUUGAUCCGGUGACAUUUCUGGAUGCAAUGCGCGAUAAAUCAUGGGCAUUCAUUGGAGAUUCCAUUUACCAAAACCAUGUGCACUCCUUACUCUGCCAACUUUCUCAGGUAGAAGAACCUCAAAUUUUAUAUCAUGACCAAUCCUUCGACAUAAUAACAUUUUACUUUCCAUCUCACAACUUCACAAUCUAUGAGAUUUGGGCUCCACUUUUGGUACAAUAUGAAACUAUCGAUAACGCGGGUGAUUCCUCUCAAAAGUAUAUGAACCUUCAUCUUGACAUCCUGGAUAGCAAGUGGACCAGAUUCUAUAACCAAUAUGAUUAUAUGGUGCUCUCGGGCAGCCCGUGGUUCUACAAACCAAGCAUUAUAUUUGAGAAAAGUGAAGUCAUUGGUUGCCAUUACUGUCCUGGCUUGGAACUCAAAGAAUAUGGGGCUGCUAGGGCUUAUCGGAAGGCACUUCAAUUGACUCUCAACUUCAUUGCUGCAUCUGAACACAAGCCCUUUGUCAUUGUUAGAACAUGGCCACCAAGCCACUAUGAAGCUGGAGACUCACCUACUGAAAGAAUUUGCAAUAGGACUAAGCCAUUCAGAGAAGGGGAAAUAAGUGGUGCUCCUGCAGACCUUAACAUGAGGGAAGUUGAAAUUGAGGAGUAUGAGAAGGCUGCACCCAUUGGAGCAAGGAAUGGGGUAAGAAUCGAGCUUCUUGAUUUUUACCAUCCUUUCCUCUUGCGACCUGAUGGGCAUCCAGGUCCUUACGGUACUUACCAUCCAUUUGAUGGUGGUAAAAAGCAGAAUGAUGAAAACGACUGCAUUCAUUGGUGCUUGCCAGGUCCUAUUGACAAUGUGAAUGACAUGCUAAUGAAGAUGGUCAUCAAUGGAGAUAUUCAUGACUCCGCUUCUGCUAUGCUCUAGAUUAAUGCAGGACCCUCCCGGCGGUAAUUUAAUUUUCAGUGUCUGGAUAAGUGCUGCAUAUGCUCAAGAUUCUGCUUCCGUUGGGUUUCUGUUCUGAUGCUCAUCAAGACUAUAUAACUCCAAGGACCUAUAAUGCUCCAUUACGAGAGAAACACCUCUCUCUCAUACUCAUUUAUGUAUGACAGUCUUCAUUAUAUGUAUGACAGUCUUCAUUCAUAUAUAUAUAUAUAUAUAUAGCUACAUGAUCCAAGAAUAAAGAAGGCCCAGAAUCAAGUGCUUUAUAUGGAUCUUUAAUUCUUUA